AUGUCCGAUUUACUGCUCAAGCUCAAGGAGGCUGUGAAGAGGGGUGAUGUGGCGCAGGCUGUUUUCAACUUUCACGCUGCUGUCGGCCACAACAGCUCUGGUCCCCAUGCACAGGAGGUCGAUGAAGAUGCCGUCUUCCUCCUGGCUUCGCAGAGCAAAUUCGUCACCACGGUCGCCGCGCUGCAGGCUGUCGCGCAAGGCCUAAUCGGGCUUGAUGACGAUGUGGCCGAGCACUUGCCCGAGUUAGCGGGGCAGCAAAUCUUGAAGGGUUACGAGGGCGAGAAGCCUGUCCUUGUGGAGAGGAAGAAUGUCAUUACGCUUAGACACUUAGUAACCCACACGUCUGGUGCAGUCUAUGGCUUGUUCAACCCCUUGCUCCAGAGACAUGAGACCGAGCGUGGAAGGGCUAUCAGCCACGAUCCAGACGUCGUCUCGCGCUACGGGGCGCCGCUCGUUUUCGAGCCGGGUGAGAGCUGGGGCUACGGCACAGAUAUCGACUGGGCCGGCCUACUUGUGGAACGACUAGCCAAAACUUCGCUGGAAGAGUUCAUGAGCGAGAAUAUCUGGAAGCCACUGGGUAUCACCUCGAUGACUUUCUUCCCGGAGAAGCAGCCGGAUCUGGACAAGCGCAUGCCGCAAAUCUCCGCGCGCGGUCCGGACGGGAAGUUGGUGCCGUUCACAAUCCCCUACAUCAACGAGGGCAAUGUGGCUUGCUUUGGCGGACAAGGCAUCUAUUCCAGCAUGCCAGAUUACCUGACCUUCCAGCUCAGCCUCCUUCGUAACGACGGCAAGAUCUUGCCGCCCGCUCUCGUGAACGAUAUAUUCACUCCCCAGCUGCACGGCGCCGCUGCUGACGAGGUCUGGAAUACCUUGCAAUCGCCCACUGGCGACUCUGCCGCUGGUGAGAUCUGCCCGGAUAUCCCGUUCAAUUGGGGGUUAGGCGGCUUGCUGUUCAUGGAGGAUGAUGUUGGAAGAAGGAAGAAGGGAACGAUCAGUUGGGGCGGAUUGACAAACUGUUUCUGGUCGAUCGAUCGGGGGAAUGGGACGGCGCUGGCAUUUGGAACGCAGCUGCUGCCACCAGGAGAUAAGAGAUGUGAGGUCUUCAUCUCGGAAAUUGAACGAGCAGUCACUGCAUUGGCUGAUCCCAACGCCAGCUCGUGA